GCCUGGGAACCGUUUAAGUGAACCAAGUGUGACCCAAUUCAUCUUCCGUCGUCGUCGUCGAAAGCUUCCGUGUUUCCAUGUUUCCAAGUUUUAUUGUGAACAUGAAGUAUCUUAAACAUGGACGAUGAUGAUUUUGGCGCGGAUGCAGAUUUUCUUUCUGCUCUCGCCUCUUCGGCACCUUCGAUAGGAAAUAAAUCCAGUCAAGCAAGAUCGCAACCAACAUCACAACCGGCAAGCCGCAUUCAGCAGCCAAUUCCUCAGAAAGUCCAACCAACUCCAAGAAUACAACAACCCGCGCCUCAACGAUUAGACAAACCACCACCGACGUCUUCUACCUCUACUUCUGCCUCUGCCUCCACUGGGCCGAAGAUUGUUCAACCGACACCUCAAGCCCUCCCACAACGCUCUUCCGGCUCCUCAAUCCUAGUGUCACCACGUCAGAAAGGGAAUCCGGUACUGGCAUCCCUACGUUCAGUGCCAUGGGAAUAUAGUGACAUACCAGCCGAUUACGGGCUGGGUUUGACAACAUGUGCCUUAUUUUUAAGUCUCAAAUAUCAUAGGCUGCAUCCCGAAUACAUUUAUACGCGAAUUCGCAACCUACAAGGGAAAUUCAAUCUGCGCAUCCUCUUGACUAUGGUCGACAUCCCUAACCACGAAGACUCGUUGCGCGAACUUUCUAAGACCUCAUUGAUUAACAAUGUCACCAUUAUAUUAUGCUGGUCUGCGGCCGAAGCGGGCAGAUACCUCGAAUUAUACAAAUCCUACGAGCACGCAAACUUCAGUGCUAUAAAGGGACAGCAAGCUACGAGUUACGCUGAGAAACUUGUGGAAUUCGUCACGGUGCCUAGAGGAAUCAAUAAAGCUGAUGCGAUCACUCUUGUUAGUGCUUUCGGUAGCUUGAAAAAUGCAAUCAAUGCCGAUUCGGAGCAGGUCGCUAUCAUCGGCGGCUGGGGAGAAAAGAAAGUUAAAAGAUGGUGUAGCGUUGUGGAAGAACCGUUUCGAGUACAACAUGCCGCCAAGAGGCGCAUUGUAGAGAGAGAGGAUAGUAAUAGUGCUGCCGACAAGGCUAUCCCACUAAGUCGAGUGCCACUUAGAGAUAUGCCAAGUUUAUCGGCAAGUCGGUCCCGAGACGGCGCAACUCCGCAAUCAGAGCAAAGAUCGUCUGCGUCGGCAAAGCUGAAGGCGGACCACCGUAGUGGGGAUGCGCCCGUCGAUGAAUAUGACGAAGAAGCAAUGCUGGCGGCAGCAAUCGAGGAGUCAAAGAAGUCGAUGGCGCAAGAACAACCAUCCGGCUCGACUUCCAAACCUCGUGAGGAAGAGAAAUUGAGUGAUGGGAUUGCUGCCGCGCUGGCCAGACUCCGGGAUAAAGGAUAGAAGAGGAUGAUGAUACCUGCCUAGUUCGGGCGGACUAGGCGGAACACUCGGUGCAUCCCGGGCAUAUGUUACGUUUUUUUUAAUUGAAUGCACGACUUCGAAGCCUUUCCAGGGGAGGUUCUUCUCGCCUACCGGGCGGCGGGCAACAUGGCGUCGAUGACGGAU